CGGAUGAAUCCGAUUGAUAAGUUACCCGUCUCGGUCUCGGGGAUUUCCAUGCUCGAUGGAUUGAGCUUGUAUACAGCAGUUCCAAGUUAUCUUUCUUUCGGACUUCAUACUUCCCCUCCCCGCCCUCGCUCAACAUGUCUUCCUCCUCGAAUGAGACUGAGCGCUGGGAUGUUCAGCCCAAGGAUGCAAAGCGCAUGCUCGCCGAAGAAUCCUACGAUGACUGUCUAUCCUGCCGCAUUACAGGAUCUGCCGCAUUUAUCGGCCUCGGUGUCUACAGCUACUGGACGGGCAUGAGCAACCUGAGGAAGCAAGAGAAGACAAUUAUGCAAAGCGCCACCAAGUACAAGAUGGGAUCUCGACGUCUCGGCAUUGCGACUAUUUCCGCAACCCUGGUCGGCAUGGGCAUCUGGAGGGCCUUCAACUAAUACUCAAAUUUGAAGUUUGUUUGUGAUUUAUAUUCCACUCAGGGCGUUGUGUAUAUUAGCUCGAACGAUCGAAACUACUCCAUGAUUGAGAAGGGUCACUUGGGAAUGAGUGCAUGAAAUGUUUAUACGAUUAGCAUUGACACGAGCUGCCUCG